AUGGACAAAUGCUUAUUCAACGGCUUCUGGUGGCGAAUCGGACAGGACACUGAUCGGUGGUAUGAAUUGACUGAGGCAUCAAGAUCCACGACGAAACCGACAAAAUCUUUCCUUUUCAUGGCUGUUGAUCCAUUGACUCCGGAAACCGUAUGGAACGCUGAGAAAUACUGGCUCCGCGCCGGCACUCAAGUCGAGGUUUGCUCAGUUGAUGAGAAUGAUUUCACAAUCGAUCUGAUUGCUUUCGACGCGAAUUCGAUGGGACUCGUCGUAGUGGAUGAGCUGAAAUUCAUCGGUGGCCAGCUUUGCAUCGAACAUCCGCCACCAAUCCCAACUACAAUCGAUCCACCAACGGUUGCUCACAUGUUCGGCCUUCAACCGAAACCAUUAUUAGGAGCCAAUGAGUAUCGCUUAUCUUUGGAGUGCGACUUCACAAUUGAUCAUUGCAAUCAAUGGCUUGGACUUAAUAGUAAAAGU